GUAUAAAGAAAAUUCUGAAAAUGCUCUAGUUUGAUUUGAACAUGCAGAAAAAAAAUCCAAAAUUGUCAUUUACAAAAAGAAUUAGUCAAAAUCCAAAUUUCCACUAGCGAGCUAUUUAAUAUAUGCUUAAUAUAUGCCGUGGUAGAGAGGGAAUUCAACAUGUUAACAAAAUAUGUUUUUGUUAAAGAUGAGAACAUGUCCUGUGAUACAAACUAACAUCAGCUGGUCACUCAUUAAUUAUGUCACCAGGGAUGAUGUGGUCACUCGUUAAUGGUGUCAUGUGGGAUUAAGAAGAUCAUUAGCAGCAACUUGCCAGGACAAACAAGAUCAUUAAUGAUCCAGAAAUGUAUUAAAAAAAACAAAACAAUAAAUGUUGUCUCAACUCAAGUCUAGAAAGGAAUAUCUUAAUAUAUUUACAUUUAUCGAAAAAAAUAAACAUUUGUUUAAAAAACAUUUAAUGCAAAUGACAGUGAUUGGAACCAGCGUUUGUCCCAGCAGACGACAUCACUUCACUCUGCUCCUCACUGUGGCCGAACAUUACAACACAACUCUCCUACACAACUUCAUAAAACUGUAAUUAGGUUCUAACUUAUGUUGCAUAAAAAAUCCCUUGGUUUUAAAUGUUGUUUAUAUUAAGGGAAGAACAUACACAUCAGUCACUGGUCAUGGAGCAGAAAGAUGGAGUGUACGUGUGAAGAUAAAUGACACGUAAAACCCAUGCAUACAGGCUAAAAUGCUAAAAUUCUUUAGCAUCAUCUAUCUAAAUCAUCUAUUGGAGAAAUGUGGGUAUUGCAGGGAAAUGACAGACGUUUAUUAAUACUACAAAUAAAUAAUAAAUAAGUAGAAUUUGGAAAAGUUUGACGGGCCAGAUUUAAAAAGUUGAACGGGCCGCAUCUGGCCCUAGAGCCUUAGUUUGCCCAUGCCUGGGUUAAGCUGAUGAUAAAUGUAUUAUGAUGCUGAUGAUGUAAUGUAUAAUGAAGUUGAUGAAGUUAAGGAGGACGACAAGUGUAAUCAUGGAGUUGAUUAUAAAUUGGAAGAUGAUAAAGUUGAUGGUGAGAGAGAAAAUGAUGAAGAUAAUAAAAAAUGGAGAUGAUGAAGAUGAAGACGCAGGUGUUGACUGACAGUUGCUGCUGUUGUUGUUGUUGUUGUUGUGGAGUUAAUGAGUUCCUCAGAGAACCAUAGAUGUAUAAAAGGAGUUCUCACACACACAGACAGACAGGAAGUCGGGGUGGUCUUUACAGGGAUUCGACCUGCCCGGACACUCACCCUAAACUAACCCUAACUAGAGUUCCUCUGUGUCGCUUGACUGUUAAUCCUUCUUUUGUGUGAAACACUUCUGUUUCUCCAUCGUUCUGCACCACGUGUUCCACAGUGACGUUCUUUAAUGUUCUUGUCUUAACACUGGUUUUCUCUGAUGUUUCUGAUGUUAUGACGGGUGAUGUUUCUUGUGUUUUGAGAUUGAUUGUACCUGAUUCAUUUGAUGCUCUGUGUUUCUCCUGAUCUUCAUCCCGACGUUCAUGCAGAUAUUUCCAUGAUCUUUGCUCUUUCUGUUCACAGAAACGCUGGCUCUUUGCCGGAGACCAGGUGUGAACUCUGAUCGAUUUUGAAGAUCACUGUCACUGGUUUCUGGAUAUUCACGUGUUGCUUGUCCUGCAGAAAGUUGACAAAUAUUGUUAGUGGUGUUUGUGUUACUGUUGGAAAAUUACAGGUGUGGAUCUGUUUGAGAUUUACCUCUGACAGCAGAUGUUGUUCAACAUCCAUUCUGAAUACAUUCUCUUCUGUGUAGAAAAAAAAAUAUUAUGCAAAAAACAUUUCAAUCCAUAGUUUUAAUCUGACAUUUACAGCAGAUAUUGUUAAUUAUUUGUUUUUUGUUCUUUUAAAAUAAUCUUGAAACACUUUGUUUUAACAUGAACCCAACCUUCCUAACCCUGUCUUUAACUUUUCUAUGUCCUGGCCUGAUUAAUAUUAUUUAUUGAUUAUUAUUUUUCCAUUGCCAUUAAUUUCCCCCUUUUAAUAGUGAUUUUUAAACAUUUUUACCAACUGACUUUAUCUAUUUAGCAAAAGGUUUUGUACCUUUUAACUAUUCAUGCUUUUCAAAUGUAAACUUUGUUUCAGCAUCCAUAUCUAGGACAUUUUACAGCUUAACUUUGUUUUCACCUAGUUGGAUACUGAAGCAGAUAUCUGUGCUGCAGAAGCCCCGACAUCUCCCACUCAAAUGACCAUUAAAAUUCAGUCACAGAAAAAUUACAGCAGCUGUUCACCAGGGGGUGCUUUCUGACCCAGUUGCCACUGAGCUUUUGCGAUGUCUUCAGACGCAAACCUGACCUCAGCGGUGUCAUCACUGACGCUCGUGGGCCUCGCCCAGCUGUACGAGCAUCGUUGGCACUUCUUCCUGAUGUUUUCGACAUGUUACGUCUUCAUGCUUUUUGCCGACAUCCUCAUCGUUUACAUCAUCUGCUCUCAGCCCCGUUUCCGUCGGCCCAUGUUCGUCUUUGUCGCCGCCGUCCUGAUCAAUUCGCUCGCUGGCAGCUUGGCGUUCUACCCCAAACUGCUGAGCGACCUGGCGUCUGGGCAGCGCUUUGUGGAGAUUUCACGGAUAGCGUGUCUGGGUCAGGCCUUCGUGGUCUUCUCUGUGGGAGGUAGCAGCUUCAUGCUGCUCUCCGCCAUGGCCUUUGACCGUUACCUUUCCAUCUGCAGGCCUUUGCACUAUAGCACACUGAUGACACCGCUGAUGGUGGGGGGGCUGCUGCUGCUUUGCUGGCUGCUGCCAAUGUGUGUGGUGGGCGGGGCCGUGCUGUUGGCAAGCCGCGUGCCCCUGUGUGGGUCACAGGUCAGCAGAAUUUACUGUGACAUUUACAGCUUUGUGUUUAUCAGCUGCCCCGGUAGAGCUGCAAUGUUGAUGCAGGCCUACGGUCUGCUGGGCGGCGCUGUCACUGUGCUGGCACCCGUGCUCUUUGUCCUCUUCUCCUACAGCAGGAUCCUCUUCAUCAGCAUGCGUGGAACCAAAGGCUUGAACCUCCGAUCCCUGAACACCUGCAUCCCGCACCUGCUCGUCUUCACCAACUACGCUGUCAGCACGGGGGUGGAGUUGCUGCAGCGGCGUCUGCAAACUGGAGGAGAAACCAACCAGAUCCUGGCCUCGGUCCUGAUCUUCCUGAUCCCAAACCUCUGCAACCCCAUAGUUUACGGUCUGAAAAUGAAAGAUGUCUACACACAAGUGAAGAGGCUGCUGUGUUCCUGCAAAGAAGUGGAGUGAACAGACGAUGGCCGGAUCUGUCAAUCAGACAACAAUAUUCUCAGUGAAAGUUACAGUCAACUCAGUUUGUCAUUUUUAUGUUGUUUGUCAGAAGAAGAAAAAAAAAACAAGCAAAGAAACAACAAAUAUCAAGAACUGACUUUAUUUUUGACAAAAAGUGACUUAUUUUCAUUAAAGACUAUUUAAACAUAUGUGUGACUCCUAGAAUGUGAAAAUCAAAGUCAGUGGUUCAAUUACAGAAAAAUAUUACAUUUUAAUUUUACAUAAUUUUUAAAUUUCGAAGAGGAAAAACUAAAAAGAAAGAUUUUCAGCCAUAUGUUUUUUGUGCAUAUUUUUUGUAACCAGCAAGAAGCACUAGAGCUGGAGUAAGUUAUUUUUGACAUCUAUAACAGUUGUCAUCACACACACAGUUGAAAUUAAAUGGAUUCAA